CUUGUAUGCAGCUUUUCCCAUCAGCCAUCUCGCCGACCGCUAUGGACUAAACCAUGGCUGUGGCCAGGCCCCACAUGUUGCUAAUCAUCGACAUGUUGUUCCGGAGGAACCGCAGCCUGAAGUUCUUUUCCAUCUUUCACGAUGAACGUCGUCGCUAACGAACCCGCGUGGACCUCUCUGCAGAGGGACUCUAGUAUUGUGUAUACUAGACCUCUUCUGGGUUCCGAGUUGAUGAAUGACCAGUUUGGUCGUUUCUACGAUGGCCUUGCCGAAUGUUGUAUGGGAUUCACAUUCGAGACCCUACUCUCUCUGCAAGAAUUACACACGCGUCUGCGAUACGCGUGGGCCAAAUUGAGGUUCCUUUGUCCUAAUAUCGCAGCGUCUCUAGAAGCGGGCAUUCACGAUCCUGAACUAAGGUCCUGGGUCUACUGUCCGGCCAAAGAUGCACAAGCUGUCAUGGAAUGGGUGGAACGCUCAAUCGAAGUACUCGAUGAACCAAUGGACGUUGAUGAUUUCGUUGCCAUGAUCAACCAGCGCAAGCUAGAGACUCCAGGCAAAGAAGACAUCAUAAAGUGCAUAAUGUUCUGUCUACAAGAUCGACCUAGCUCCUUUGGGUUGUUUAUGCAUGGCAGCCAUACCAUUAUGGACGCCCGCCCCACUUUCAACGCGUUCAAGAUACUUUUUGAGGCCAUGGUAUCUGAUAGCUCUAGUGACAUCAUGUCGGCUGCCUGGGGCACAGAGUGGGCCAAUCUUCCGCCAGGACCCGUCACGUCAACUGGUGGACCGCGUCUGGAUGCUGACGCUGCUGGACUCGAGCUUCUAGGCAAGAUUAAACAGGCCCAUGAACAUAGACCGGUCUCCCACAGUCUUGUUGCCCAGCGUACGGAGACGACACGAAAGGGACUCUCGAUUCGUGUUCGCAAUACCAUAAAUCCUGAAUUGGCUCGCGAUUUGCUCAGGGAAGUCAAGGCACUGGGAUGCACCGUUACCCAUCUUUUCGGAGCCGCUCAAAUACUGGCGAUCUUUGCCUUGAAUCCCGUCACGGACGAAGAAGCACCGCGAGCAAAUAUAUCCUUCCCUAUUAGCAUCAUCUCUUUGCAAUCAUGGCUAACUCCCGAGAUGCAAUCGAAAGAUAGAUUCAUUUCUCAGAUGACUCUUGUUCCACUUCGCAUCGAUUAUUCGUCAUUUUCCUCCCUCUCGCCCGGCAGAGAACAACUUCGUGUUAUAAUGCAAUCCCUCAAAGAGCAGUGGGACUUUUUCUUGACCAAUCCACACCUUCCGCAUCUUUCGGCCGCUCUGAUGACUUUGAAUCCUCCGCGAAAGCCAGGUAUUACCCACAACCCAUUGGCAACGACUAAUACAAAUCUUGGGGUUGUGGAUGCCGUCACACCAACUAUUUUAUAUCCUAACGGUGAUUCGACGCAAGCGGCGUUAAUCAAGAUACAUGACAUGGCUUUUGGGCAUCGGCUGACAAUGCCUAAUCCGCUUACUCAUGCGUGGACUAUGAAGUCGGAGAUAGUAAUCCAAGUGGAGGCCAAUGAUAUUUGGGAUCGGGAAUACUUACAGAAGUAUGUCGACGAGAUUCGCCGACAGGCCCUUACUUUAGUGUCCUAGUCGUCGGACAUAUUAUCUAAAAGAAAUCGAGCGACGAGUCAUGAAUAAUCGUGUGGAACGUAUGAAAAAUAUAGGUCUUGACAUGAUUGAUAGACCGAUAAUCAGUGUUCGCAGUCAUUCGCCCCAACUCUGCUUAUGAAAAUUGGUGUGGUUCAACUGUUCCCAAGGUCAAC